UGAGUAGCUGAUUGGUUGCAGCUGUGCAGCUCUCUGCUGCCAGAACCAGGUCCUAGACAAUUCUAGAUCAGCUCACAUGUUUGAGGGCUUAUGGAUGAGUUGGCGUUGGAGCGGUACUUUGAUGACUCCAUAGCAAAUGACUCCAGCCAUGUGUUGGAGGAGGAUUCGGAUCUACUUACCUCAGGUGCAGCUGUGCAGGACUCCUCCUUCCUGUCAGAGAAAUCUGGAGCAAGUGGAAAACCGGGUGAUGAACUUGACCUCAGUUUCCUGCCUGACGAGCUCAGCUCUCAGGAAGAGCCAAGUCAUGAUGACCCAGCAGCAGAGAGUCCACCUGCAGAUCAGGACGUGUUGCAGGACAGCGCCAUCAGUCUGGACUUCAGCCCGCAGGACUCCACGAUAUCUGAGCCCCACCAGAACGUCUCCACUGCAGGGCCUGAACCCGGGGCCUCCCCCUUCUGCCCCAUGACCCCGAUGACCCCAAUGACCCCUGUUACUGAGAAAUCUGGAAUCAUCCCGCGGUUACAGAACAUUGUCUCCACAGUUAACCUUGGAUGUCCCCUGGAUCUAAAGUUCAUUGCCCUGCAAGCCAGAAAUGCAGAGUACAAUCCAAAGCGAUUUGCUGCGGUGAUCAUGAGAAUCCGCGAGCCUCGAACAACAGCGCUGAUAUUCAGCUCAGGGAAGAUGGUCUGCACAGGAGCCAAGAGUGAGGAGCAGUCGCGACUGGCGGCCCGGAAAUAUGCACGAGUGGUGCAAAAGCUUGGCUUCCCAGCUCGUUUCAUGGACUUUAAGAUCCAGAACAUGGUGGCCAGCUGUGACGUCUGUUUCCCAAUCAGACUGGAAGGUCUGGUCCUUACCCAUCAACAGUUCAGCAGUUAUGAACCAGAAUUAUUUCCAGGCCUCAUCUACCGGAUGGUGAAACCUCGCAUUGUCCUGCUCAUCUUUGUCUCAGGGAAGGUUGUUCUGACAGGAGCUAAAGAACGAUCUGAGAUAUAUGAAGCUUUUGAGAACAUUUAUCCGAUCCUGAAAGGCUUCAGGAAGCAGUAAGGACUGCGAUGUCACGUUCCGUCCCAUGUAAAUAAAGUGUAUGCAAGGUUUUUGUUGUGGGAAAUAAGUGAGAAAUUUGUUUACUUUGUGUUAAAUAUUUACCAUCUUUGAAGAAAAUAAAGGACAGUUUUCUAAAUGUCAGUGCAGACUUUGUCUGUAUGAAGUGGUUUUCUGGAUUAUUCUGUUUAAAAUGUUGCUGAAUUAGACUCUUUAUUUGACGUAAAUUUUUUAAAGUUAGUUUAAAAUGACGGCAAAUAAUGGCUCAGAGUCACCGACCGGAUACAAGGGUUUCCUGUAUG